AUGGAAUUAAUAUGCGUCUUUUUUAUGAUUAUUAGAGUAAUACAAAUUAAUAAUGACUAUAAUUCUUUUACACAUUUUAAUAACUCGCGAUAUUUAAGUGAAUAUAGUUCUGAUAUUGAAACAUUGAAUAACUCAACAUUUCAUAAUACCUGCAUAAAAGAUAAUAUUAAAAGUGAUAAAUAUUUGGUAAACAUUAAUGAUGAAAAGAAUAAAUUAAAUAAAGAAAUAAAUAAUAUUAAAAAUUAUGAAAACAAUUUAUAUUGUAAUCAUAAUUGUGAGAAAUUUAAUCAUGAUACAUAUGUAAAUAAAUUAUUUAUAAAAGAUGAAAUAUAUUAUAAUGAGCCUUAUUUUAAAGAAAAUAUUAUUGAAAAUGUAAAUUAUGUUUUAGAAGAUUUAGAAGAAUUUUCACCAAAUAAUAAUCCUAUUUAUAACUGGAAAUUAGGUAUACGCUGUUUGAAUAAAUAUUUGGAUCUUUCAAAACGAUUUGAAAUAAAAGGGGUAAAUUAUGAUGAAUGGAAUUUAACAUAUCUUCCAUUAAAUUCUUUUUGUAAUAAAAAAGAGAGAAUUCAUAAAAUAUUUGAAACAAGAAUAUCAUAUAAUAAUGUUAAUAAAAAAAGUGAAUUAAAAUUAUUUAUAAAAAAAAUUCCGAUAGAUAUAUGGUUGAAACAAUUUGAAAUGAUGCAAAUGUAUAAUGGUGAAUUUAUAGAAAAUGGUGAAAAUUUUGUUAUGGAAGCAAUUGUAUUAUCUUUUUUAAAUGAAUAUUAUCCUAAUAUAUGCCCCAAAUUUUAUAGAUUAUUAUAUGAACCACAUUAUUAUUUUAAUCUUAAAAGCAUUUCUUGUUUUGAAAAUAUUAAUGAUAUUAAUAUAUUUAAUAAUUUACUAAGAGAACAUUUAAAGAUGAAUAUGAUUGGAUACGUUGUUAUGAUAUCCGAAUUUUUUGGUGAAGAUUUAGAAAAUUACAUAUAUAAUAUACGUAAUAAGAAAACAUAUAAGUUUAAAAAAAAUGACAAAAAGAAAAUUAUGCUUGAAUGUCUAAAAUUAAUUAACAAGUUACAUCAAGUAGGAAUUUGUCAUUUGGAUUUCUCAAUAGAUAAUAUAUUAAUAUCAAAAAAUGGAGAUAUGCGUUUGUGUGACUUUUCUAAAAGUACACCAAAAUAUAGCUAUUAUUUAAGGCAUACCAAAAAAAUGAAAAAUUUAUGUCUCUUUGAAUCGUGUAUACCUAGUGUUGGGAAAACAAGAUAUAUUCCCCCUGAAUGUUGGGAUUUGGUAAAGAUUUAUAUAAAGGAGAAUGUGGAUUAUCCUUUUGAAUACUUAAAAAAUAUGUAUGAUGAUGAAGAAAGAAAACAAUAUUAUUUUGAUGUUAGUUGUGUAGAUAAAUAUAUGCUUGGUAUUCUUUUUAUAGCUAUUUGGAAUAAUGGUUAUUUGUGGUAUAAAUCAGAUCCUUUACAGGAUAAGGAUUAUUUAAAAUACUCAAAGUCUAAUAUGAACUUUAAUAAAUUCUGGACUACAUUUUUUUGGCCUAAAGAAUUGAAGAUAAUACUAAGGCAAUUAUUGGAUCUAGAAUGUCGAAAGAAUCUCAAUUUAAAUGAUUUAAUUUCUCAUCCAUGGUUCUCAAAAAAAUAG